UGAGUUAAUCAUGCUCUAUCACAACUUCGACGGUGGAAAAAAAAAAAACUUCGACAGUGAACAGAAAUAUUGUCCGCGUUUUAGUCUUCUUGCCUUCUUGGACUAGUAACUAUACAACAAGACAUGAAGUGUCAAAAGCUCUGAGAAAAAAAAAUGCAGAAGCCAAUCUCUCUCUCCUGCUUCCUCUUCUUUUUCUUCGUCUACUUCAUCCCACGACAAUCUUUCUCUUGCCCAAAGGACCAAAGAGAAUUUCUUCUCGAGUUCAAGAAGCUGCUGACUCAUAACAUUAAGAACCACUCCACACAAAUCGCUUUGGGGGAAUUAAAGACAUGGAGGCCAAACUCAGAUUGCUGCAAAUGGAAACUUGUGAGAUGCAACACUCGUUCGCCUUCCAAAGAAGUGACAGACCUGAAUCUCAACGGUCUUGUCCUCUCUGGCUCCGUGAGUUCAACCCUUCUGAGACCGGUUCUGCGUGUAAGCUCUCUCAUGAGGCUAGAUGUCUCCUCUAAUUUCAUACAAGGAGAGAUACCUGGAGAUGGGUUUGGGAACUUGACCAGGUUAAUCUCUCUUGACAUGGGUGGUAACAGCUUCAACGGCACGAUCCCUCCUGAAUUGUUUUCCAUAAAGACUCUUCAGCACCUUGACUUAAGCAUGAAUGCUAUCGGUGGUACGUUGAGUUGUGACAUCAAAGAACUCAAGAAUCUGGAGGAACUGUUUUUAGAUGAGAAUCUUAUUGGAGGAGAGAUUCCUCCUGAAAUUGGUAAAAAUCUGAAAAUCAAUCUCAAAAUUUAAAAUUUGUACUCCUACCAUUCCAUAUUUAGUAUAGCUGUAGAGUAAAAUUUUAGCUUGUUUUAGAAUUUCAAUACAAAAUUUAUUAA